AUGAUAUUUCCUUCGUGUUACUUUCUUCUUACAAUUCUUCUCGUACAUAUAAAAUCUCUUCAGUCUUUCUUCACACCAAACACAGCGGAUUACGAUGCAUAUGGAUCAAAGAUUGCGAUGAAUGAUUAUCUUCUUGUCGUUGCACAAAACAACAAUCAACCACCACGAUUUGCAAUACAAUUUGCGCCCUACAAUCAUACUCUGACUUCUUCGCAAUGCACUCUGCAGUAUCCAAACUCGACAGAUACUUUCAUUUAUACCGCUGCUAUCGGUAAAAAACAAAAUGAAUCUCAACUUCAUUUCUUUUUCAUCGGUGAACAUAUCAAAAAUGAAAGCGGACUGUUUAUCGGCAUGGCAACGUUUAAUAACUUGCAACAAAGAUCAAAUCUUACUUCGUCCAUAUGUGAUACAAGUUUUACCUAUUCACUUUACUAUCUGAAUAAUCACGACCAUCAGGAAUACUUGACACUCGGUGUUCAUCCACAAGGUACGCGUGCUUUCGCAUUCUCGAACAAAUACGUUGCUGUCUUUGAUACAGCGAAUGCAUCUUCAUCGAUUAAUACAAACAUAUGGGAUGGAAACUUAACAUGGCCAGAUAGUACAUUCAUUCCUCAUGCUGUAGACCUCAGUGAUAGUUUCGGUGUUGUCGCUGGAUUUAUUCUCAAUCGUGGAAAUUCCACAGCAAAAUAUAGUCCAAUGAUAUAUCUUCUUCGAUUCAAUUCAUCCGGUGCAUACUAUCAUCCGUAUACUGUUGAUUCGUAUAAGCCAGUUGCAAGCAUUGGAACAUGGCAAGACUUGUUAACUUAUGAUGAUGCCGAUGUUUACUCGGCUAAAUAUGACAUGAGCGUAAGUAUUAACGAGGACGGAAAAGUCUUAGUUGGAAUGCAGUUUAUCAAUCGUGUAUUUUAUUUUGCUGUAAAUCUUACGAAUGCAAUUCAGUUAACUUUUAUCAGUCGGUACACCAAUGGUCGUUCAAUCGGAAAUGGUAAAAGUAUUGCAUGGAUGAAGGAUGGAAUUGCUGCUGUCCUGAUAAACGUAUAUAGUCUUGAUUAUGUAUGGUCAACAUCUCAGAUAUUUCUAUUUGAUAUUUAUGCAAAUGGAUAUAAUUCUGAGAGUGUUCCAUUAUCUGUUUUUCCAAAUAGCCAUCAGUUAUUACCAUCUAGUUUUAGUUCUGUUUUCUUGAAUGUUGUUUCAUCGCCAUCUUCAUUAGCAUUACUUAAUGACGAAGGCAAAGUUAUAAUCUUUUCUCCUACACAAGCACAAUACUAUCCAUCUGUAGUACGUACCGGUUUAUCACCAUUCAUCACGACUCCCAAACCGUGCAUGGCUGGUACAUUUAAAAACAAGAGUGGCGUAUUUGAUUGUGUUCUUUGUGCAACGGGCACGAAGAAUCCUGGCAAUGCCAGCAACGAAUGCUUGCCGUGUUCGGCUAAUUCUUUCUGUCCACUCGGAUCCGUCGCUGAUGUACCAAAAUCAGUAUUAUCAACCGUAUAUCAAGUUGUUCCUUAUCCACAAUCACCCGAAAGUACGAUAUUUGACGAGAUUAUCAUUCACAGUAUAUUUAGCAUCGGUUCUGGUCAUUGUCUACUCGUGUCACCCUUGUUUUGGGCACUCGUAGUCGCGUGUGUCGUAAUUGUUAUUAUCAUUAUCAUGGAAAUCUUAAAACUCUGUGUGAAAACUCGUCGUAGUAAAAACGUUCAACAUGUUGUGACAUACGCAUUCAAACAUACAGACUUAAUUGGUGAUGGCAAAUCUUGGGUGGGCGGAUUAGUAUCGUUCUCCAUCCUUGUUUUAGUUUGCUUUGCAUAUGCAUUCAGCAACGGUUAUUUAAAACAGUAUCCAAUCGAACAAUCAGGCGAUUCCUAUUUUACAUGUGAUGAAUCAAUGAGAAACGCCAAAUUUGAUACAAAUGUACAAUCAUUAGCUAUUCCGCUCGCUCAUGCUGAACAAGAAAUGUUUGAUUUACUCAAUGAGCAAAUAUUCACUUUGAAUAUUGAUUUCGUCAACACGUUGGUGAACUGUGAUUCAGCAUCAAUUCAAGCACAAGUUGGAUUGACAUGGUCAACGAUUCGAUGGUCAAGUUGUAACAAUACAGAUUCUGUGCUGACAUUAUCUAUUCCAUUGUCCUCUCAACAGAUUGCUGUUAAAGUCUUUCUGGAAGACACAAAAACGAUCGGAGCAUUACGUAUUGGUAUGUCUAGUGAUGGAGUUAAGAAAGAAAAAUACGAAUUAAGACAACUACAAUUUUAUCAACCUUUCUACAAAAGUGGCUAUAUGUUAUCACGUAAUAUACCGGUAGCUCUGGCAAUCACUAAGAUUAUCAAUGAAACCCGACCAAUGGAAGGAGAAGAAUCUGAUUAUAGUGGUAUUUAUAUUCCAACGUUUACUGUUGACACGAAUAGUUUAUUUGCCACAACGAAACAAUACGUUCUGUCAUCAUCGAUAAUAACAACAUUGAGUAUAGCUGUGAGCGAAACGCCUUAUUAUGUCAAGAAUAUUCAACAACCUAUUGCUCGUAAAUCCGAAAUUAUCUUUCGUAAUUUAUUGUUCACCAUCGUUUGUUUGGAAAUCUUUCGUUUGGUAUUUUUAUUAUAUAAACUGCUCCUCAAACCGAUAUACCAAGCAAUUAUGCGAAAAUAUCAUCAUAAAACUGAAAGAGAAUUGCCGUACCAAGUACCAAUGAACGGCGACUUAAAAGCUGCAAAUCAUUUCAAGAAUGGCGAUGAAAAAAACCUUGAUUUUACCGCUACUACUUUUUAA